GCAUCUUCCGCUGCGGGCCCUCCCCGCUGCCCGCCAUUCGCAACGGCGACAUCUUCCUGGGCUACGACACCAAGUUCAUCUUCACCGAGGUGAACGGGGACAAGCUGAUCUGGCUGCUGAAGAAGGUGGGCGGUGAGGACGUGUACAGCCUCAUCGCCGUGGAGACCGACAGCAUCGGCAAGAACAUCAGCACCAAGGCGGUGGGCCAGGACCGGCGCCACGACAUCACCUAUCAGUAUAAGUACCCCGAAGGCUCGGCGGAAGAGAGAGAGGCCAUGAACCACGCAUACUCUCUCCUGCAAGUUCCGAGGCCGCCGCAGGACCUGCGCAAGCAGGGUCUGCUGGAGCUGUCCAUCAUGGAGGAAACGGUGGAGAUGGGCAGGCCCGUGGUCAUGACCGUGCUGCUCAGGCGCACCACCGAGGAGACACGGAGGUUCAACUUCUCCGCCUCCGUCAACCUGCAGACCUACACGGGCAAAAAUGUGGCGCAGCUCGCCAUGGUCAACAAGGAGGAGGUGGUCAAAGGGGAAGAAGCCCAAGUGGUGUUCAUUGUGUCCCCGGACACCUACAUCACCAAGCUGGGCGUGGUAGACGAUGAGGUGGUAGUGAGCGUCACCCUCCUGGCGCAGGACCUGAAGUCGGAGGAGAGCACGGGCAAGGAUGACACACUCCACUUCGUGUACUCCAACUUCUUUGUCGAGAUGCCGGACACGGGGAAGGUGGGCCAGGAGCUGACGUGCGUGUGCCGCUUCCUCAACGUGCUGCCCAUCCCGCUCACCCACAUCACCUUCUCCCUCGAGAGCCUGGCCAUCUGCUCCGCGCAGACCGUGGACAAAGAGAUGCUGCCCGCGGGCGAGGCCAUCCAGUUCCAGAUCCAGUGCAUCCCGAUGAAGAGCGGCGCCAAGAAGUUCAUCUUCGAGUUCACGUCGCGGGAAGUGAAGGGGAUCCACAGGGAGAAGAUGGCCCUCAUCUCCUAGAGCGCGGGCGGGCCGCGCGGCUCCGUCCUCCGUCGCCUGCAGACCCAGGAUGAUCGCUUCCCGUCUCAGC